AUGCGCAAGGUCAAGUGCGACAAGACCCGGCCAGCUUGUAUGGGAUGUCAAUCCUCAGCCCGCGAUUGUGGAGGUUACUCUGACCUGAGUCGCGCUCCUUUAUGGGACACCACCAUUGUUGGAUUGAACAAUCGAUCCUUGAUAGUGGCCCAGAACCAGGAGCAAUUGGUCUCGAUCUUCCUGCGCGACUACUUACCCCCAGAGGCUCCAGACUCAAAGGACCAGUCGCCUAUUCACUGGGUAAAACUAUUUCCUUCCUUCAGUCAGUCGGUGUUGCCAGUCGUCAGGACAGCCCUCACUGCAUUGACACUUGCACAUGUGGCCUCCUUGCGAAAGGAUCACAACCUGGCACAAUACAGCAGACACCAUUACGUGCAAGCGAUACAGCAAAUAUGUACACUAACCGAUAUAGACUACGUCUCUGAUCUCGUUCGCUCUGCCAUGAUCCUUGCACUCUACGAGGUCUGUGCACAACCGUCAGGACAGGAAGAUGCAUGGAGUGUCCACGUCCAGGCAGCCGGCAAGUUAGCUAGUGAAUCCAACUUUGCAACGGAGUUGCUCAACACGCAGGAUCUGCGCCGACUCCGUACUAUUGAGUUUCUUCUCAUGUGUACCAAUGUCAAGCAUGAGCCUUCUUUGUCCUUACUCUCGCAUAUCGAACCGUCAACCAAUAGAUUCGACAUACUUCUUGAUAUGCUGUACAAGUUAGGCCAAUUACACAGGUACACCCAAAAUGAGCUUCAUCGCAAUAAGACCACAUGCGACUCUGCGAUACACUUGAUGAAAGUGUUAAUCAGCCUCGAGCAAAAUCUCUUGAGUUGGUAUCACGAGUGGCAGUCGGAAUGUCGCCAUCCUAUGUUUAUGAUCGUGCCGCCCACAGCGGGGCCCAUGCCUACACCGUGUGGCAAACCGGAAGAGAGAAUGGUUAUACCAAAUGCUGAUGAUAUACCGCCGUUAUUAUUUUACUGGUUGGGAUUGACACUAAUUUAUGCUACGAUAGCCAAGGUAAUGCGAGGAAUGCCUGAUUCUCAAUAUGUACUCGCGACGAUGUUAGAGCGACGUCUGGCGAAGGCUACCGGUCUCUGCCAUCGCUUCGUUGACCGCAUAUCACAGUGCCAGGUCGGAUGCGCAGGCAAGGGGCUGGGGACUACUAUACUGGCAGCGGCAGUACUUCAAGCAGCACAGAAAAUACAUUCUCGAGUGUAA